CGGCCUUUCUGUGCGGCGUACAGACACAGAGCGGGCUCCAUCCUGCACUCCCUCUGAAUACCCAGUGUUUGGUUUCUCUCUGUCCCAGGAGCCCGGUACUCCGUGCUGAUAGAGGAUGAAGAUUGCUGUGAUUGGACAGAGUCUGUUUGGUCAAGAGGUGUACAAGGAACUCAAAAAGGCGGGUCACCAGAUUGUUGGAAUAUUCACAAUCCCCGAUAAGGAUGGUAAAGAGGAUCCUCUUGCUGCAGAAGGUACGAAGGAUGGCACAGCCGUGUUUAAGUACACACGCUGGCGAGUGAAAGGGAAGGCGAUUCCAGAGGUGGUGAGUGAGUAUUCGAGUCUCGGAGCAGAGCUGAACGUGUUACCUUUCUGCUCCCAGUUCAUCCCGAUGGAAGUGAUUGACUUUCCGAAGCAUGGCUCCAUCAUUUACCACCCGUCCCUGCUGCCCAAGCACAGGGGAGCCUCGUCUAUCAACUGGACUCUGAUCCAUGGAGACAAGAAAGGAGGGUUCAGUAUUUUCUGGGCAGAUGAUGGCUUGGAUACAGGUCCCAUUCUCAUGCAGAAAGAAUGUGAAGUGUUUCCUGAUGAUACCAUUAGCACCCUGUACAACCGAUUUCUCUUCCCUGAAGGAAUUAAAGGCAUGCAGCCUAUGUUCACACCGGUCUCUGGCGUAGUCCUUGCUGUUGUGACUGGCCUGCUGCACCUGUCCUCUGCUCGGUUAUUCUCUGUUGGAGCCUCUGGCUGUCUCAGUGGAGUCAGGGUCCUUACAGAGAAGCUGACCUUUUUUGGUUCGACAUUGAUCAGUAACUGUCCUCCCCAGGGUCAGACGCUGGACAUUCCUGGAGCUCAUGCCCCUGCCAUUGUCAGCAGGAAUGGCCUGGUCGUCUUUGGGAAUGAUGGGAAAAUGCUUUUGGUGAAGAGUCUGCAGUUUGAAGACGGUAAAAUGAUCCCAGCCUCCAAAUACUUUUCCUCUUCAGAAAGUUCAUCCUUAGAGCUGACUGAGGAGGAGGAACAAAUCAAGGAGCAACUCCGAGUUAUCUGGAAGGGCAUCCUCACUAAUGUCACAGAAAUUGUGGAUUCAACCGAUUUCUUCAAGUCAGGAGCUGCCUCGAUGGAUGUGGUCAGAUUGGUGGAGGAGAUCAAACUAAAGUGUGGAGGUCUCCAGCUGCAGAAUGAAGAUGUGUACAUGGCCACCACGUUCGGAGACUUGACACAGACACUUGUGAAGAAACUGCGGGGUGAAGAUGAUGAGGAAGAGCUGCCAAUAGAUUAUAUUGAGUUGAACAUCAAUGGCCUGACUCUACGAAUGCCUCACCAAGUCUUCAUCAAUGGGCAGUUUGUCGAUGCAGAAGGAGGGAAGUGGUACAACUCGAUUAAUCCAACAGAUGGCUCUGUGAUCUGCAGAGUGUCACUGGCUCAGGUAGCUGAUGUUGACAAGGCUGUUGCAGCAGCGAAAGAGGCUUUUGAGACUGGGGAAUGGGGGAGAAUGAAUCCCAGAGACCGGGGCAGACUCAUCUACAAACUUGCAGACUUGAUGGAGCAGCACCAGGAGGAACUGGCAACGAUUGAAGCCAUUGACUCAGGUGCUGUGUACACUCUGGCGCUAAAGACCCACGUGGGAAUGUCCAUCCAAACAUUCCGCUAUUUCGCUGGAUGGUGCGACAAGAUUCAGGGCUGCACUAUCCCCAUUAACCAAGCUCGGCCCAAUCAUAACUUAACCUUCACUAAGAGGGAGCCAAUUGGAUCUGUUUGGUCAGAGACCACUUUUCUGUUUGCAGGUUCGUUGAUUGGACAGAGAAUAGCUGACCAUCCCGAUGUUAGAAAGCUUGGCUUUACUGGAUCAACCCCAGUCGGCAAACAAAUCAUGAAAAGCUGUGCCUUGGUUAAUGUGAAGAAAGUAUCUCUGGAGCUGGGGGGUAAAUCUCCUCUCAUCAUCUUCAGUGACUGCGACUUAGUCAAAGCUGUGCGUGCGGGAAUGGGGGCUGUGUUUUUCAACAAGGGAGAGAACUGUAUUGCUGCUGGUCGGCUUUUCGUCGAAGAAUCUAUUCAUGAUCAGUUUCUGCAAAAAGUGGUUGAAGAAGUAAAGAAAAUGAAGAUUGGUGACCCUUUGGACAGGUCAACAGACCAUGGGCCUCAGAACCAUAAGGCCCACCUGGACAAACUGAUUGAGUAUUGCGCUACAGGAGUGAAGGAAGGGGCCACGCUCACAUAUGGAGGGAAGCAAGUCCUGAGACCUGGGUUUUUCUUUGAACCAACUGUGUUCACUGAUGUACAGGACGAUACGUUCAUUGCGAAGGAGGAAUCCUUUGGCCCGAUCAUGAUUAUCUCCAAAUUUCAAAAUGGGGAUUUGGAAGGGGUCCUGAGUCGAGCCAAUAACACUGAGUAUGGUUUGGCUGCAGGCGUGUUCACCUGCGAUCUCAGCAAAGCUCUCUACGUCAGUGAGAAACUGCAGGCUGGAACUGUCUUCAUUAACACCUACAACAAAACUGACGUCGCUGCACCAUUCGGGGGCUUUAAGCAAUCCGGCUUUGGCAAGGAUCUAGGGCAAGAAGCUCUGAAUGAGUAUCUGAGGACCAAAACGGUCACCGUCGAAUACUAGCAACGGAUUGGAAACAAGGAAAAGAAGCAAAACUGUUUGUUCCAGAGACUCUCAUCACUGACAAUGUCACUUUCUGAUAAAGGAAUGAAUACCCAGACGAACAUUUGCUAAUAAUCAAUAAUAAUGCAAUUCUAGUGACACCUCUGAUCCCACUCCCAGAUAUUUGGCCAAUUGGUGGAAAUCUGUAAUUAAAUGGAUUGCUCUCUGAAAGGGCCAGAACAGAGUUGAUGGGCUAAAUGACCACUUUCUGUCCAGCGCCAUUCUAUGAUUCACGGAGAACCAUUGUUGUUGUUGCCAUCAUUGAUUUCGGUCUGGAUACCAAAUCUUUGGCCUUAGCUCCUCCACACUUCUCCAAUCAGCAGAAGACAAUCAUCAUUUAAAUAUCAGAUAAGGGAGGAAGCCAUAGGGGCACAUUCUAAAGAUGGACAAUAAACAUUGACUCAGCCAUGACCCUCACAAUUAACUGACAGAUUUUUGAAAAAUGCCCUUGAGCUUUCACUGUGACCCUCCCACCCCGGUUAUACCCUCUCCCACCCUCUCCCAUCGGGCAGGAGAUACAAAAGUUUGAAAACACAUACUAACAGAUUCAAGAACAACUUCUUCCCUGCUGUUAUCAGACUCAUCAACUGACUUCUCAUAUUAGAGUUAAUCUUCCUCUGCACCGUCUCUGUCUUCUCAAAAAUUUUAAACCUUCUCUGUAGCUGUAACGGUAGAUUUUGCAUUCUUUUCUACUACCCUGAUGUGCUUAUGUUAGAUAUGAUUUGUCUGGACUUUUCACUGUAUCGCAGUGCAUGUCACAGUAAUAAAUCAAAUAACCUCAACUUCACUGACACAGCUUCGCUCCAUAUCUCUUGCUGCCCUCUUCCAACAAGAAUCUUGGAAUCUCCAACUGAUGUCCAACAUCCACAUAUCUUUGGGAAUUCUUGCUUUCAACUCCCAUUGUGUGAAGAAUUGCGUCCUGAUGUCAGUCUUGCUCAGCUUGGUUUUGAACUUAAGGUAACAUCAUUUUGUUCUGGCCUCCUGACUCCCAGUACCAAACCCACCACACGUUCUCUCUGUCGAUGUUAUCAACUCUUUAGUUUGUCUUGAACAUCUCAGUUACACCAUCCUCUCUCUCCAGUCCACUUUCUGCACACACUUCACCUCCCCCUCCACCUUUAGUCCUCCCUCUCCAUCCAUACCUUCUCUCUCCACAGCCUUAUCUUUCUUGCCCUCCCUCCCCAUACUUUCUGCUCCCUCUCUUCCCCACUCUCUCUCCCUGUCUUGUUCUCCCCCCACCCCCCAACUCUCUCUCUCUACCUCUGUCCUCCCCGUAGUAUUCCAUACUCAAAAGUUCCCUCCCUCCUAUCUGCUGUGAGUGCUUGCUCAGAGCCAAUCAGGUAAAGUCGAAUAAGCUCCCCAACUCCACUCCUCUCUCCUCUCCCUUUCCUCCCCUCUUCCCUCCUCUCCCCUAUCCUCUCUCUCACCUUUCGUCACCAAACAGGAGUCAAUAGCCUGCACUCUGGUUCCAUUCCCUUCUCUAUCCCAGUGAUCAAAGCUAAUGACUGUACCCCAAGCCAGAUAUCAACUUUGAACCUGGGAUCUUCCUACUCAUUGUGACUGAGUGAAUUAUAGAAGCAGACUGUAUGAGGGCCCAUCCAGCCAUUUGGCCCAUCGAUCCUGUGCUGCUUGCUCUCCCGAGUAAUGCACUCAGGCUUCAAUUAUGUGAUUUCAUUUCAACCCUUGGAUCUUACCCAAUGUGGAGCCCAGGAAUGUACCAAUUGGGAUCCAGUCAUAUUCACUAGACAAGAGGUAAUCCACUGGAGAAAGGACAGUGAUUGGAUGGUCAGACAAUCCCUUGCCGUACCUGGAUUAAACUGGCCAUUUGUACCUCUCAGAGGAUUCUCGGAGAUCUCUGGUGUGAAUCAGAUGAUUUGCAAAUCCGUUUUCACCCCCUGACCUGCAGAACCGUGCUUCCUUUUGCACUGCGCUGUCACUGUUGAUGAUUUUUACGUGAUGUUUAAUAGUUUGGUAAUAAAUGCAGUUUAAUUAGA